AUGCACAUCAGCCAGCUCUACACAUACCCCAUCAAAUCCGUCCGCGGUGUCUCCCUAUCUGAAGCAACCCUCACCCGGACAGGAUUCCAAUAUGACCGGCGCUUCAUGCUCCUCAAGGUCAUCCCCGGCCAGAAUGGCGCCUCCUCCCUCAAGAACAUGCACGUCCCUCAUUUCCCCGAAAUGGCUCUCUUUACGACGGAUAUCAUCUACCCAGAUGAAGAGAAAGACGUACCUGGCCGGAUCAUCGUGACGUACCAUCCGCCAGCGGACAGUCAUCUCGAUGGCAACUCCACGAAAACGCUAGAGAUCCCCUUACAGCCGGAUAUACGAGGCCUCCGACAAUUAAGCAUCGAGAUGCACCAGAGCCCAACAACGGGGUACGACAUGGGCGAUCCGUACAACGAGUGGUUCAGCGAGCGGUUCGGGUACGGCGUGGUACUAGCCUACCUGGGCCCGCAUUCGCGGCGGGUCCUGGGGAGUUUCGCGCCGGGGAAGAGCCCCGCCCACGCGGUGGACAAGCCGGUGGUUUCGACACGCUCGCUGGUUGGGCUGGCGGUGUUGACGCUCGUGUUAAAUGUUGUGCGUGUUUCGGCUUCGGCCUCGGGGCCGAUGCAGCUCACAAGGGACGAGCUGCUGAGACAUUGGCCGGGGGUUGCGGCGACGGUUGUCGCGGGGUUGCUGUCCUGGGUAUUAUUGCGGUGUUUGUCGACGGGCAAAGAGGACGAGUCGAUUACGUUUGCGGAUACGUCGCCGUACCUGCUGACGUCUGAGACGUCGCUGGAUGAGCUCUCUGCGCGCUUCGCGGGAGACGAGCGCAUGGACAUGACCAAGUUUCGGCCGAAUAUUGUUGUCUCGGGGGCGCCGAAGGCUUUCGAGGAGGACUUUUGGGCUGAGUUGAGGGUUGGACCGGGGGACGGUGCGGCGAGGUUGCUGCUCACGGCGAAUUGUGUACGGUGUCAGAGUAUUAAUGUUGACUAUGCGACUGGGAAGAUGGGGACGGGGGAGACGGGGAGUGCGCUGAAGAAGUUGAUGAAGGAUCGUAGGGUGGACAAGGGGGCUAAGUAUAGUCCUGUCUUUGGGCGAUAUGUCUUCUUGGAUCCUGGGUCGGAUAAGGUGAUGGUUCGAGUGGGAGAUGAGGUAGACGUCCUGAGGACGAUGAAAGAGCGGACAGUCUACGGUCAGUCAGUCUACUCCUUGAUCCACGUUUAG